UUUACUACCUUUAUGCGAUGAAAUGGAAAACGUGAAAUAGGGGACAUUUUGGUGCUGUGAGGAAAAGGCAGCCUCUACUGUUAAAAUAUUUUAAAUUACACGGAAUGGAAAGACGAUAAUGGGGGAGUUUCUGUGUUGACGCGCCGUGCAAUGGCCCCAGGCGUUGCUGAGGCAGUAGAUGCCAUAAUCGAAGUUGAUUCCUGAUAUUUAUGACGGCUUUAUUUCCUUUUUGCUUCGGCAGGAGUUGCAUGGACUGUAUGUAACGAGUGUUGUGGAAACACAGCCUCCAUAUGUCACGGUAAAGUAUGGACGGGUGGAGCCCUAUUGUUGCAGCAGCGUCGGAUAAUGACAGAUCCAGCUCCGAGGGGGAGUACAUGUUGGAGCCCGGACCCGAAGAUGAAGCCCGGGAGGCGGCGGACAGAGAGCAGCGGGGUAACGUGGACGACGGUGGAACAGCUGCUGUCGGGUUCGGGAUAAGUGGUAUCGGUGAGGGCAAAGUGUUGUUGGGUCGAGUUGGACAGAGAGACGACAAAGAGCUCAGGUACUUGCACUUGUUGUGGGAGCCGGGGCGAACGGAGCUUGGUGGUGCGGGCGGUGUGGCGAGCAAACUGGGGAAGAUGACGGGAAGCAGGGCCAGGCGACACCACAGAGCCGUGCGGAAUCUGGGUCCUAUUGGUAAAGAUAUUUACGCUGUGAAAAGACUGAGGGAAGCAGCGAACAGCAAUGAUAUCGACACAGUUCGAAAGCUCCUGCAAGAUGACAUAGACCCCUGUGCAGCAGAUGACAAGGGAAGGACGGCUCUUCAUUUUUCUUCCUGCAAUGGCAAUGAGAGCAUUGUGCAGUUGUUGCUAAGCCACGGCGCUGACCCAAACCAGCGAGACAGUCUGGGAAAUACCCCCCUCCAUCUGGCGGCCUGUACCAACCAUGUGCCUGUAAUCACCACAUUGCUGAGAGGAGGAGCACGUGUGGACGCCCUCGACCGAGCAGGCAGGACACCGCUGCAUCUAGCACGCUCCAAGCUCAACAUUCUGCAGGAGGGAGAUUCUCGCAGCUUAGAGACUCUGAGAGGAGAAGUCACACAGAUUAUUCAAAUGCUGAGGGAAUACCUGAACUUAAUGGGCCAGAGUGAAGCUAAAGAGAGGCUGGAACACAUUUCGACACAGCUGGAGCACACAUGCACCAAAGAGCAGGUGGAUGAGGUGACGGAUUUAUUGGCCAGUUUUACAUCACUCAGUCUACAGAAACAGAAUUUGGGCGAUAGGUAGAAGAUAAAGUGUAUAGAGAGUUUAAGUCCUGCUCCUUUUCAAGCAAGCCUGUGCUCCACUAGCCAGACAAGCAAACCUGAACCAUGACGCUGUGGUUUUCUGUCUUUAUUCCAAACAAAAUAUUUAUCUACAAUACUACUGUAGUGGACAGUAACAUUUGAACACCUCGUCAUUUUAACCAAGGUAACACUGAUUGUUUUACUAGUGUUUAGUGUUUGUGCCUGUGGCAAAGACUAAUAUGCUAACAAUGCUAACAAAACUAUUCUUAUCUUGGUUAAAUUGAAAAGAUGCUCAAAUUCCAGUGGUCAGUGUGGUGGUGUAGUAGUGCUUAUCUACUACACCACAGCCUAUGAACAGAAAUAGAGAGUCACGCAUUGACUUUUCAGAAGAAAGAUAAAAGAAACCCCUAAGGGAAACAUAUACUGAGAACAGGAAGCUAGUGGAACAGAAGCUAACCCAGAAGUGCAGUGGGACCUGGGCUCUCUAUUUUGUGUGUGUGUGUGUGUGAGUGAGUGAGUGAGUGAGUCACAGUCUGUGCGCUGACAUGUUCUCUUGUUGCCUGCCAUUGUUAGCCAAGCUCUAUGGUCAUUAUGAGAUGUAUUUCUCAUGAAAUGAUUUAACGGUUUUCACUGUUGUAAAUUUGGAUUUCUUAUGUUUGGCAUCUUUGGAUCACAAUGCCUUUUCUCUUGUAUUGCAUGCUGUGUUUGUGUGUGAACUGUAUUGCAAAAAUUGAUUUGGCUGUUGUCAGAUAUGGAUAUAUGUGAAUCAAUAAAUCAAUAUAUUUGGCUAUA